AUGUUUAUUUUUAAUUUAUCCUUAUCCUUUUCUACAACCAUUGAUCCACUUAUACGUUCAACAAAUACGGGUCGUGUUCGUGGUAUUGAUGCAUAUUUUCGUACUGCUGAUUCACCACGUCUUCAUCAUGUUCGUGCUUGGCUUGGCAUUCCCUUUGCUAAACCACCUAUUGGUUCACGUCGUUUUAAAGCACCAGAACGUGUUGAACCAUGGUCCGGUAUACUUAAUACAACACAUUUUCCAGCAACUUGUUGGCAAACAGAAUCAAUUGUUUAUAAUCUUGAAGCAGAAAAAAUUUGGUCACCAAGCACAGAUUGUAGUGAAGAUUGUCUCUAUUUAAAUAUUUGGGUACCUGUAACUAGUACUCAUACAAAAGAACCCAUGGCUGUACUUGCUUGGAUUUAUGGUGGUGCAUUUGUAACUGGUUCAAGUGCAUUAGAUCUUUAUGAUGGAAGAAUAUUAGCAGCAACAAACAAUAUUAUUGUUGUUUCUAUGCAAUAUCGUUUGCAAAGUUUUGGUUUUCUAUUUCUUGAUAGACCAGAUGCACCUGGUAAUCAAGGUUUAUAUGAUCAAGCUCUUGCAUUAGAAUGGAUACAUCAUAAUAUAGGUUAUUUUGGUGGCGAUAGUCAACGAAUAACUUUAUUUGGUGAAUCGGCUGGUGCUGUAUCUGUUGGUUUUCAUUUAUUAUCACCACGUAGUCGAUCUUUAUUUUCAAAUGCUAUUUUACAAAGUGGAGGACCAACAUGUAAUUGGGCAUUUAUAACUGCCGACGAAGGACGUAGACGUUCACAAAAAUAUUUAAAUGAAUUUUAUUCACUUGUUACAAAACGUUUAUCCGAUGAACAAUUUCGUCAUGAACGUGACAAAAUUCCUGAAGUUUGUAAACGUGGACAAAAUGUUGAAAAUCUUGAUGUUAUGUUUGAAUGUGCAUUAAACUAUCCAAUUAUGGAUGAAGAUCAUUAUGCUUAUAUAACAAAUGCUGAGUAUACUAUUACAGAUGGUGGUCCAAUGUUUUUCCUUCUUAUGCCCGUUAUUGAUGGAACAUUUCUACCACAAAAUCCAGUUACAAUGCUUAAAACAGGCAACUUUAAAAAAUGUCCCCUCCUGUUAGGUGCAAAUCGUGAUGAAGGUUCUUAUUUUAUGGUUUACGCUCAAGGUAAUGAUAAAACUCCAGGUAAUGCUAUGCCUGAUGUAAAUUAUGCAACAUUUAUAAAACAUCUCGAACUUUAUUAUAAUUAUAUACCUUCAUAUCCAUAUAAAACUCCACGUAUAGUAUAUCAAUCAUUAGUACAAAGAUAUACUGAUUGGUCAGAUUGGUCGAAUAAUGUUCGUAAUGCUGUUGUAUUAAGUUAUGCAAUUGGUGAUGCACAUUUUACAUGUCCAACUGUCAGUGUUGCUAAUGCUUAUGCAAUGCAAAAUAUGCCAAUUUAUUUUUAUCAUUUUGUUGCAAGACCAUCAACUAGUGAUUGGCAUGCAUGGACAGGUGUUAUGCAUGGAGAUGAAAUUAUGUUUGUAUUCGGAGAACCACUUAAUGCAACUGAUAGUAAAUUAUAUAAAUAUGAAGAAAUUCAAUUAGCUAGAAGAAUGAUGGGUUAUUGGUCGAAUUUUUCUAAAUAUGGAAAUCCAAAUGGUGAAGUAAAUACCGUUAUUAAUGAUUGGCCACUUUAUACGUAUCCACAACGUGCACAUAUUGUACUUGAUACUAUGAAUAAAUCAACUGACAUUGCUCAUCGUGCCGAUUAUUGUGCAUUUUGGGAACAAUAUGUUCCUGUUUUAUUAGAAGAAUUUGAACGAUGUGUUAUUCACGGUCCUUCUUCCUCAGUAACACAUGAGAAAUCUUCCGCUACAUUAAGAAAAUACUCUUAUUUUCAUAUUUUCUGGUUUUGCAUUCUUAUUAGUAUUAUUAUUCCAUUAAAAUAA